GGGCAACGACCGGGCAGGCGGGGCAGAGAGGGGCAGAGCAGGCCAGCUCCGCGGGCUCUCCCCCAGCCCCCUCUCAUCCCGGGGAACAGUAGCCCAGAGGUCCAGGAAGAUGCUGACUUAAGUGACUGGGGCGCCCCAGCAUGGCCAACGCGGCUGAAAUGCACACUCCGUAUUCUUCCUUGAAGAAACUGUUAUCUUUGUUCAACAGCCUCCUGGCUUGCUUCCUGGUCCUGGUCAUCAUCCUCGUGGUGGAAAUCACGGCGGCCACGGUGGUCCUUCUGUUCUUCCCCAUCGUCCGGGACGUGGCGCUGGAGCACACCUUCAUGACCCUGCGGAAGAAUUACAGAGGGUACAACGAGCCGGACGACUACACCACGGAAUGGAACUUUGUCAUGGAGAAGCUGAAGUGCUGUGGGGUGAAUAAUUACACAGAUUUUUCUGGCUCUUCCUUCGAAAUGACGACCGGCCACGCCUACCCCCGGGGCUGCUGCAGAUCCAUGGGCACCUCGGCCUGCGACGGCCACAACGCAUCCGCCAGCGUCAUCCACCAGGAGGGCUGUUUCCGCAAGCUCCUGAGAAUAACCAAGGCUCAGAGUUUCACCCUGAGUGGGGGCUCUCUGGGGGCAGCAAUGAUGCAGUUGCCAGGAAUUCUUGCCACCUUGCUGCUGUUCAUCAAAUUGGGCUGAUACUCAGGGCUGGGGAGGACAAGACACCUGGACUCACCUGGAUGCUGCAGAUCUGGUCUCACUUCUGUUCCUCUGCAGCACUCACUGCUUUUGGAGGGGAGAUUGUUAAUAAAAAGAUUCAGGAACCCCCUGUCCA